CACACGUAAACAAGAUAAUUAUGAUGAACUAAGAACAGUAGUUCUUAGAGUGGUAUUACGUUGUUUUGGACAUGUUUUAUUUACAUUUUAUGAGAUCAUUCGGAUAAGAUGCAAAUCACAGGUCUGAAUCGUGCUAUAAUAGCAAUAUGUUUACUUGGUAUAUUGAUCUCUACAUACGCACUCUACGUAGAGAUGGCGGCUGAGAUGAAGCCGGGGUACAAAGCACUGUGCGAUAUAUCUGAACAUGCGAGCUGUUCAAAAGUGUUAACAUCUAAGUACGGAAAGGGAUUGGGUAUUAUGCCCAAAGAUUCACCGUUUAAACUACCGAACUGCGUGUACGGAGUUAUGUUUUAUUCCAUUAUGAUAUUCUUAACUACUUUCAACGUGACGUCAGUGGUAAAAGUGCAGAUUGCUUUAUCAAUAACAUCAUUGGCAACAUGCGUUUAUUUAGCAUAUUUACUUAUUUUUGUACUACGUGAUUUCUGUGUCGUUUGUGUAUCUACAUAUUUGUUAAACAUUAUUAUAGCUAUUUUAUUAAACAAGAAACACAAUGGCUUACUUACGAAAAAUAGGUAGAUAUCUAAUACGGUUGAAAUUAUAUGGACCGUAUCGCCAUCUAUUAUCGAAUAUAUGUACUAUUAAGUUUUAACGCGACCUCUGCCUGUGUUUGCCUUUAUAUAAUAUAUGUAUUACUCAAUAGAUGGCAGAUGCAGAUUGUUGCGAUUUCCGAUGAGUUUUUUAUUUUAUGUUAAAUAAAUAUAUUAUAUUGAUUA